UCCCUGCUAGGUUUACGUCCUCCAGCCCGCCGCAGGACCGGAAGUGGUUUCGGCCCUAGUGGAUCCGGGUGGGUGCGCGCAGGUGGCCGAGGAGGGUUCCAGGUCCUCAGCGUGAGGUGCCGCAGGUGUUCAGGUUGGGUCCUGGGUCGCAGAUUGUGGGAUUAGUGAUAUGCUUUCCUAAACAGCACAAAAAAUGUUGAAGAUGUCUAGAUACUUAAUGGCUUUGACAAUGACCACCCUCGUCGGUGUGGCCGUGGGGGGGUUUGUCCUAUGGAAAGGCAUCCAGCGGCGGCGGAGGAAUAAAGCGAGCCUUGACGCUGGGCAGCAGUGGCUUUGGCAGCAGCAAGCACCCGGUGGGAGACAGCUGCCCCCUCCAGAGGAGGACCAGCUGCGCCCCAGUGCCCCCAGAGCCUCAUGGGAGGAGAGGAUCCUCGGAGCAAAGGUGGUGACUGUGUCUCAGGAGGCCGAGUGGGAUCAAAUCGAGCCCUUGCUUAGGAGUGAGUUAGAAGAUUUUCCAGUACUUGGAAUCGACUGUGAGUGGGUGAAUUCGGAAGGCAGAGCCAGUCCUCUGUCACUCCUUCAAAUGGCCUCCCCAAGUGGCUUCUGUGUCUUGGUUCGCUUGCCAAAGCUGAUCUGUGGAGGAAAAACACUACCAAAAACGUUAUUGGACAUUUUGGCAGAUGGCACUAUUUUGAAAGUUGGAGUAGGGUGUUCAGAAGAUGCCAGCAAGCUUCUGCAGGACUAUGGUCUUGUGGUUAAGGGCUGCCUGGACCUCCGGUACCUAGCUGUGAGGCAGAGAAACAAUUUGCUCUGUAAUGGGCUCAGCCUGAAAUCCCUUGCCGAGACAGUUUUGAACUUUCCACUUGACAAGUCCCUUCUGCUUCGCUGCAGCAACUGGGAUGCUGAAAAUCUUACUGAGGACCAGGUGAUUUAUGCUGCCAGGGAUGCCCAGAUUUCAGUGGCUCUCUUUCUCCAUCUUCUUGGAUACCCUUUCUCUAGGAAUUCAACUCUAGAUGGAUACAAUGACCAUAUUGGCUGGAGAAAAGUCUUGGAGAAAUGCCAAGAUAUGGUAGACAUCCCAUUCCGAAGCAAAGGAAUCAGCCGACUGAGGGAAGAGUUUAAUGGGGAAGCUGCAGAAGCUCAGCAGAAACCAAGAAAUAAGAAGUCUAAGAUGGAUGGAACGAUGCUAGGCAACCACCAAGGGAGAGACCCCAGAAGGCAUAAAAGAAAGCCCCUGGGGGUGGGCUAUUCAGCCAGAAAAUCACCCCUCUAUGACAACUGCUUCCUCCAUGCUCCUGAUGGACAGCCCCUCUGCACUUGUGACCGAAGGAAAGCUCAGUGGUACCUGGACAAAGGCAUUGGAGAGCUGGUGAGUGAGGAGCCUUUUGUGGUCAAGCUACAGUUUGAACCUGCAGGAAGACCCGAAUCUCCAGGAGACUAUUACUUGAUGGUUAAGGAGAACCUGUGUGUAGUCUGUGGCAAGAAGGACUCAUACAUUCGGAAGAAUGUGAUUCCACAUGAGUACCGGAAGCACUUCCCCAUUGAGAUGAAGGACCACAACUCCCAUGAUGUGCUGCUGCUCUGUACCUCCUGCCAUGCCAUCUCUAACUACUAUGACAACCACCUGAAGCAGCAGCUGGCCAGGGAGUUCCAGGCCCCCAUCGGCUCUGAGGAGGGUCUGCGCCUGCUGGAAGAUCCUGAGCGCCGGCAGGUACGGUCUGGGGCCAGGGCCCUGCUCAACGCAGAGAGCCUGCCUGCUCAUCGGAAGGAGGAGCUGCUGCAAGCACUCAGAGAAUUUUACAACACAGAUACAGUCACAGAUGAGAUGCUUCAAGAGGCUGCCAGCCUGGAGACAAGGAUUUCCAAUGAAAACUACGUUCCUCAUGGGCUGAAGGUGGUGCAGUGCCAUAGCCAGGGCGGGCUGCGCUCCCUCAUGCAGCUGGAGAGCCGCUGGCGCCAGCACUUCCUGGACUCCAUGCAGCCCAGGUACCUGCCCCAGCAGUGGUCGGUGGACCACAACCAUCAGAAGCUGCUCCGGAAAUAUGGGGAAGACCUUCCCAUCAAGCUGUCGUGAUAGCGGCUUUCCUCCCAGGUUAGGACAGCUGGGAAGCUGAGCCAAGGUGGGAAAGUCACCUCUUCCCGUGUCAUUAAUUGUCAGAGCCUAGUGUCACAACUUGGAAUGCUAACCCACGCUGAUCCCAGGAUGCUUCUGGUGGAGCGAGGCUGUUGCUUCAAGGGGAGCUUAUGGUUUUGGAUUUUAGUUGGGCAGGGUAAGAAUUCUUUUUUGCCUCCUUAUUUUAUUUUUAUGGACAAAAGGGCCUUGACCUCCAUUUUACUUUCCUUCUUUUGCUUUCCCUGUGCAGACAGCAAAUGAAGGAGUCUCCCUGAAGUAACUUGUUAAGAUGCUCAGGUUUUUAAUACAUUUCUUCCCUGUCUAGUAUGUUGGUUUUUCUCAAACAGGGGGAAGUCAAGUAUUUUAAUCCCAUUGGGUUAGGAUGGGAGAAAACAUGCUUCUAGAGGUUGGAGAGGUGAACAAGGAGUCGGAUUCAUUUUCCCAGUUCCAGCUCAUAAUUACAAACUCUUUGGCUCUCCCACAGUUCACCUGGUUGAGAUCCAUCCCAUCUAGGUCACUUCAGUUUAUUUCCAUACUUGAGAAUGCUCCCCUUUUCACGUCCAGGACCAAAGGAGCAACUUCCUGCCAUAUGCUUCCACCCUAACACUGGAGGAAAUCCUUUUCUGGAAAUAGGCCUUCUAACUGGGUGGGGCAGAGAGAAGUAUAAGCACCGUCUCUCAAGAGAACUUUGAUAUUUGCUCAGCUUUCCCUUUCAUGCUGUUUGUUGUCUGUCUGUUGCAAUCCUCCUGUCCAGAAGUACAAGGUUUUUAGCUUAAUCCCUUUCUAAGACAAAGAUUAUCUUCUUUCAGAGUCAAUGUCAGGUCCUUUCUGUGUCUAUGUUCCAUCAAAUUUGUAAUACUGACCUUUUUUAAACACUUAAUUCUCUCUUGGAGUCCAUUGGUUUCUCCACCUGCUCUCAUGCCUGGGACUCCUAGAUUAACUCAUAUAUUUACAUGUUCAAAAUGGUGGUGUUUCAUCUCUUUAUAGUAAAGCCACCACUUUGAGCAUGAAAUCAAGUUAUUAGUGAUUAGUAUUUUUUCUAAACUAUGAGAACUUUUUUACUUUACAAGAUCGUAGCAAACUUUAAAAAAUAAUUUUAUGACCAGAAUCCAACAGUUUUGAAAUUGUGCCCAGGUUGGUGAUAGUUAUUCUAACACUGAUAAAUAAAACUUCUUCUAAGCACAAAGCUCACUGUAAAUGUAAAAACUUUUUUUCUUCACAGCUUUAUAAAAUUGGUAAAUCUUCUUGGAGGAGGAAAUAUUUAUCCUUCAGGUCUGUGCCGUGUGGCAGCGGUAUGGUAUGCACACAGGUGUACUGUACAGAGCAUGCACAUAGACAUACCAUGCACAGAUGUACCACACACAGCGUGCGCACAGACAUACCGUGUGCAUUGUGACUAUAGCCCAUCAACACAUGGUCAGCAGAUGGAUGUGCACAUCUUGCACUUUAUUCCUCUGCUCCUUCAUUUCCUCUUGUCCUCAACCAGGUAUUUCUGGGAUCUGAACUAGGAAUCCUUGAAAAUGAAUAGUACCAGCCACCUUGGGGACAGGAUGUUCAGUGUGGUAGGUAACUGUGGGGCAUGUGCCUCAGUGACAACCCCAGGCUCGAGAGUCCAGAAACAAUGGAGAUUGAUGGGUGGUCCUUAAAGUAGGCAGGCUUGCCACAAGGUGGCACUCACAGAUUUUGUUUUAUAUUCAUUCUUGAGAAAUAGGGCUUUUAUACGUGGUUCCUGAACAUAACCGAUGACUUAUAUUUCCAAAUUUGUGUAGCUGAUUUGGGAUCAUUUGGAUAGGCUUAAAAGAAAAACUUCUUCCUCUGAAACAGGGAGUAGAGUGCCUGCAUUCUCUUUCCCUGUGAUCCUCAUGCUAAGAGGGAAGAAACACAAGGCCAUUUAGGUGUAAUGGUUGCGGUGGGAAGAAGAAAUGGAUUUUCCAACAGAGCUUCUUGCAGAGCCCAGUUACAGAGCCAGCAACCACCGUAGAGAAAGAAGCUAGACUGGCACAUGAGAUUUCUCACCCUUCCCAGAAGUUCCUGUGUAGAUUUGACUCUUUGUUCUCUGAGUCAGCCUUUAGCACCCUUUCCGGAAGACUGACAAUUGUGAUCUCAAAUGAGAUAUUUUAGGACAGGCAUAUUUUAAAAGAAAUGCUUAUUGUUUUUUGCUGAUAGAAAUGUAGUAUAUGUUCAUUAAAGAGGAUUAGUCUAAAAAAGGAAUAAAAACCAUCCAUCUUCCCUCUAUCUAGAAAAGAGCUAACCUUUGCUGGUAUGUCCAUGAAUCUCUUUUUCAGUAUUUAAAAAUGCAUAUAAUACAAACAAAAUUCAGAGUCCUACAUAUAUACAGCUUAGCAUCUUAUUUCCUCCCCCUUCACUUAACAUGGUACCACAAGUAAUUAAUUUCCUGUGCCCCUAAUCUUUAAAAGUAGAUUUCUAGUGGCUCUAUAAUACUUUAGUUUAAAGUUCAUUCCCAUACUGUUGAAAAUUUUGGUUGUUUCAAAUCUUGUUAAUAUCAGUAAUGCUGUGAUGAACUAUCUUUUAUAUAAAUCUUUGACUGACUAUAUCUUUGAUAACUUACUUAGGAUAGGAUCCUAGAAAUUAGAUGAGACAGAGGGGACUCACAUUGCUGGAAUGAGGAGUACCAAUUGAUAUCACCUUUUAGGAGUAUAUUUCAGGGAAAUGCUUCUCUCUGACCCUCUAGCUCAUGUCCCAGUGCAUUUGCUGAGCCUCCAUGUGAACAGUAGUGAGAGGUCAGUGUCAUGGCAAGGGCCUUUCUGUGCCCUGAUUGUUGUGUUUUGAGGUUCAGAGUCUUUUCUCUGCUUCCCCUUGUCUCUUACCCUUUAUUGGCUUAUUUCCUCUUGUAGCCAAUGUUUUUUGGAAACACUAUUUUAAAAACGUAAAAUAAAAGUUACAGAUAAA